GGCGGCCGAGGCGCUGGGCAGCGCGGACGGCGAGCUGAGCGCCAAGCUGCUGCGGCGCGCCGACCUCAACCAGGGCAUCGGCGAGCCCCAGUCGCCCAGCCGCCGCGUCUUCAACCCCUACACCGAGUUCAAGGAGUUCUCCAGGAAGCAGAUCAAGGACAUGGAGAAGAUGUUCAAGCAGUACGACGCUGGCCGGGACGGCUUCAUUGACCUGAUGGAGCUGAAGCUGAUGAUGGAGAAGCUCGGAGCCCCGCAGACCCACCUGGGCCUGAAAAACAUGAUCAAGGAGGUGGAUGAGGAUUUUGACAGCAAGCUCAGCUUCCGGGAGUUCCUCCUGAUAUUCCGCAAGGCAGCGGCUGGGGAGCUGCCGGAGGACAGCGGGCUGCACGUGCUCGCCCGCCUCUCCGAGAUCGACGUCUCCACCGAGGGCGUCAAGGGGGCCAAGAGCUUCUUUGAGGCCAAGGUCCAGGCCAUCAAUGUGUCCAGCCGCUUCGAGGAGGAGAUCAAGGCGGAGCAGGAGGAGAGGAAGAAGCAGGCGGAGGAGAUGAAGCAGCGGAAGGCAGCCUUCAAGGAGCUGCAGUCCACCUUCAAGUAGCAAGAAGCUGCGGCCUGACCGCUUGGCCCCGGCCCCAGCGCCCAGUCCAGCCAGCAGGGGUGGGCAGACUGGAGGCCGAGCCUGAAUCCUGGGCUCUGUCUGAAGGGACCAUACGGAAAACCUACCAAGUCUGUGAACGGAGCCAGCUGAGGGGUGUCCCAGGCGGCCCGGCCCCCCCGCUCCCUCCCGCUCUUCCUGAGGCCCGGCCGCCUGUGCUGGCUCUUUACCUGGCCCAGCCCUCCCUGGCGACCCCGGUGUGUGUCUCGCCCCUGGCCGCCCCUGCCUUCCAGCUCUGCCGCAGCUCCGAGCCCAGCUCCUGGGCCUGGGGGACUCGCUGCCCUCCAUACACUCUCCUCCUCCCCGCCCAGCGGCCCCUGCCCUUAACCUGCAGACCGCGUGGCCCCUGGGGCCCUCGAGCCGCUUCCCAGUCCGGGGAGGACGGACGGCAGGAAUGUGGUGGGCUCCAGCUCUGUAGUAGGACGGAAGGGGCUAAGCAGAGGCACGGGGGCUCCCCACCCCCGACGAUUGUUCCUCCAGCCCUGCCUCCUCUCUCUGCUGCGGGGGGGGGGGGGGGCUUCUGUUUAGGCAGAGGGACCCAGGCCCCGGCACCCCAUGUCCACACAGAGGCCCCAGCCAGGCAGGGGAGGGGGCAGCUGUGCUGAUCUACCUCACGGGCCCACGCUCUGCCGCCCGUGCCAAGGAUCAUGGGCAGGGAAGGCUCCGGGGCCAGAAAGGCCACUCCGCAGUCUCCCUGGAACCACCCGAGGGUCCCAGGGGCUCAGGAGAGAGCAGGGUGGGGAGGAGGGAUCGGCCCCUUCACGGGGAAGGAAACCGGCGCCCGGCUCCGUUCUCCAGGACGCGUCCAAGAAGUGCUUUAAGUGGCUUGCACGGACCAGGCGGUGGGGAGCAGGGGCCUUGCGUGGCCCCUUCACGCCAUCCUUCCCCCAAGUGAUGGGCACUGUCUUGUCACCAGCGACGUCACCCCCCCCCUCCCCGAGGAAGCAUGAGGACCCCAGCCCUCCCUGUGCCCACCCGCAGACGGGCGGCGGCCAAGCCUGUGCCACCAGCCUGGUCCCACGCAGCUCCCAGUGUGCUCCCUUCCGCGCGUGCGUGUCCGUUGCCGUGUCGUGAAACUGUGCCCGUCACCCAGUCCAAACCAGUGAGUGGCCCUCGAGGCCAUGGUUAUGCAACUUGCGGUGUGUGUCAUGACGUCACUGCUUUGUAAACCUGAUAACUCUUUAUUUUAGUAAGAUGCCCCAAGAGUCCACGAAACUCCUGUUGGAUUUGCAGAGGUUUUAUUUUUUUGGCCUUAGAACCUGCAGAAAUUAGGAGGUACUGACCCUAGUGCGGCAGCCUUGGCCCUGAAUUGCGUUUGCCUUAGCGGAUAUGUUUAUACAGAUGAAUAUAAAAAGUUCUUUUUCUUUGGCUUAUUGCUUCCCCCCGCCCCCCUUCUCACCUUCCCACAAAGAAAGCUACUUCUUCAUUUGGUGGUACAAUUAUUUUUUUUAACUAAAAUAAGAUAAAAGUCUAUAUUCUUA